UCUACUGGCUCCUAUUUUCAGAUUUUUGUCGAGUUCCCUUUAAUAGCCUAGUUCAAGUACCAAACCUAUUAUUAUAAUCAUAUUCAUGUGUCCUACAUUCUCAGCUAUUUGCGGAGCUAGGAAGUAGGACUCGGGAGCUAUCAGAUAGGUUUGGUAACCAGGCUAUUAAAGUUCCGCUAUUCUGACACUAAGAAGCCCAUACUCGUACUACUCGUACUACUAGGCACAUAGGAUCUGUGGCUGCACAGACAGUGUGUAUUUCAAAUCUGUCUGCUCAGCAUUCGGUGCUCAGCCGGCGGACGAUGGCAUCUCCUAAGAAAUACGAGGAUGACCACACGAUCUCCCUGGAGGAAUUCUGUGCAAGAUACAACACCAACACAGAAGUUGGCUUGACCAGUGCCAUGGCUGCAGAAGUGUUAAAACGCGACGGACCAAACUGUAUAACUCCGCCUCCCAAAACAAAGCAAUGGGCCAAGGACUCAGUCAAAGGCAUGUUUCCCAAGCAAACUUUAGUAAUCCGGGGUGGAGAGCCCCUUAGUGUGGACACUGAAAACGUCGUGGAGGGAGACCUUGUUCAACUGAAGGGCGGAGAUCGUAUUCCUGCUGACGUCCGUAUUAUCGAGGCCGAUGGAUUUAAGAUCGACAUGUCUCAGCUCACUGGAGAGUCAGAACCCCAGACUCUGUCUCCUGAAUUCACCAACCCCAAUCCCAUAGAGGCAAGAAACAUUGCUUUGGCUACCACUGUUGGAGUUGAAGGCAGUGCCAAAGGCAUUGUUUUCAACACUGGUGACCGGAUGGUCAUGGCCCCUACUGCCUCCUGGUCAGCCGAUUGGACUAAGAGAGACACCAAGUCAGGGCUCGCAACACUGGGUGCAUGUAUUAUAUUCCCAUACGUUGAAUGCCCGGUUAAAAACAAGCUUGUCUUUUUUAUCACCAUUCCAGGCAGUGCCAAGGGCAUUGUUUUCAACACUGGUGACCGGAUGAUCAUGGCGGGUACUGCCUUCCUGGUCAGCCGAUUGGAUUUUGGAGAGGAGAGACCAAGUUAUUGUUGCUGUUCGUAAUGAUUAUCCCAUCAAGUCACGUGACAAGAGAACUCCAAGACGAGAUCUUAAUCGGGUUGAUGAAGAGACAGAGUACGUCUCGAAAGCUCCCCAGCAUAGCUGAACUUUUUGUUGUGUGUUUACGUAUAAAUAUUUUGUCAAAAAAUAAUCCAACUGUUCAGCCAUCUCUCCAUAAUGCAGAAAAGGCCUCUGCUAUGGUUUAAAACUACAGAAAAAUACAUGUUCAAAUUACUGAAUAAAUAUGCAAUCU